UAACAAAUAUCUAACUAAAGACGAAAUAACGUAUUGUAUUAUGGCCGAUGAAAAUCCAAAAAACCAAAACGAAGACAUGUGGUCGAACGGCGCUCAAGACGGUGUUAAAUGGAAGGAUUUAAUGUCCACGCUCAUACUGGAACGAUUGGAAGCGUCGUUCAACAAUAAUUGGAAAGAUGCAUUAUCACAAACGACGGCGCCAAUGACGCAAAAUACAAAAACCUAUUGUGAUGAUGGACGUCCGCAGUGCACCAUCAUCGGGAGAGAAUCGUCUAGGAUUGAAUAUUUUGAUUCAGCGUGCAACCAURAUGACGACAAUACCGGUCACCUGCAUAUGACUACCAACCGUGACUCAUUCGCGUGCAAGUCACUGAUGUGCUAUUGCUCUGCCGACGGAUUUUUCGAUGGAAACAACAAAUGUUGCAGCUGCAGUAUGAAAACUAAAUAUUCUCACUGUUUUCUUACUGACAAUYCGUGUAAUACAGAAACUAUCUCAGAGAAAAUAAAAAAAAAUGAAAUUGAAAACAUAAAACAACAAAUAGAGAUUUAUAGAAAACGAUUAGAAUGCAUGAUGAAAAUUAAUUGUCAACUACAAUCUGAACUUAAAAAAGCUAUUCGAAAAAAAUUAUUAUUGGAAGAAUAUAUUACUUGGCCAUAUGCUGUAAAGAAUGGGAAGGUUGAGUUUCCUGGCAAAAAUGACUUGGACCAACGGUUCAAUUGUUUGUUCAAAGAGUUGGAAAAAGUACAAAAUGACCUGAAACCAAUUCAAAACGACAAUUUGAUUGUCAGUAAAUUGGAAAAAAUACUACAAAUACCAUUACCGGGUUAUUCAAACACUUGUAAUAAAUAUAUGAAUAAACAAUAG